AGCUCUGACAGUAGUUUAUUUAAGGCGGAAACCAGGGUACAAACCAGACGGUAGGCACUGCAUCACUAGGACAUGAAGUUUCCACGUCAAGUUGCAGCAUUAACGCUGAAACUAUGUUUAACUAAUUUUUAAUUGCUUAGCGUGUAUUUUCCACACUUCAAGACUAAAGAGUUAUCCAGUGAGAGAGAGAGAGAGAGAUUUUGUUGGCAGAUAAAUGAGGUACCUAGUGACUAUACAGAUAUCUUGCUGGCAGAUAAAUUCCUUAACUACCUAGAAUAACAUGUUCAAUAAUAUUCUCUUAUAGGCAUUCUCACUGAGAUUACAUGACUGGGAAAUUGAGAUGCAACUGGGCUUGGUGCUCUUUGUUAUGGCUUGUCUCUGUAUCAAUAUUUGCGAUUCAAGAAGUUGAUGGAAAAUCCAUAGUUCAAGCUGCAGAGAAGAACUCUGUACAUCACAAACAUGCCAGAAGGAAGUUAGAUGAUGUUGGUGGCUCUAUUGACAUUGACUGUGGCCUACUUGAUGAACUAGGCUAUAUUGAUGGCAAAACUAAGAUACCCUACACUACAGAUUCAAAAGUCAUUGACACUGGAGAAAACCGGAACUUAUCAGUUGAGUUCAUUUCUGAAAGUCUUCAAAGAAUAUUUGAAAAUGUAAGCAGCUUUCCUGAGGGUAAGAGGAAUUGUUAUACUCUAAGACAUCCAGAAGGCAGAAAUACUGUUUACUUGUUGAGAGCUUCUUUCAUGUAUGGCAACUACGAUGGUCUGAAUCAUCCGCCCAAGUUUGAUCUUUAUAUUGGAGUUAAUUUGUGGGACACUGUGAAGUUUGACAAUGCCUCUCAUAUUGUAAUAAAGGAGAUUUUACAUGUGCCACCAAUGGAUGUUGUACAUGUUUGCUUACUGAACGCCUAUGAAGAAACUCCUUUUAUAUCAGCAUUGCAGAUGAGGCAUCUUCACAAUUUCAUUUAUGCUAACAAGUCUCAAACCUUAGCUUUAUAUAAACGUCUUGACUUUGGUUCCACAACCAAUGAAAUAGUAAGGUUUGAAGAGGAUACUUAUGAUAGAAUUUGGUAUCCUUACAAUUUACCUCAUUGUCAGUCACUGAGUACUAGAGUGACCAUUGAUUCCCUGAACAACGCAUAUCGACUGCCAUCAACAGUAAUGAGAACUGCUGUAACCCCAACUAAUGGUAGUGAUCCCCUGGAUGUUCAGUUUGACACGCGUGAUCCUAUUUCAAAGUUUUAUGUUUAUAUGCACUUUGCUGAGAUUAAAGAGCUACAGAAAAAUGAACGCAGGAAAUUCAACAUCACAUUGAAUGGAAAAUUGUUGGAUGAGUCUAUAGACUAUGUAAUUCUUAAUUAUUUGGACCCUACCACAAUUUAUAAUCCACAGCCCAUCACAGGACCCAAGCUCUGGUUCUCUUUGAACAAGAAAGAAAAUUCCAGCCUUCCUCCCAUUCUCAAUGCAAUGGAGAUUUACUUUGAGAAAGAUUCAUAUCAGGAACCUACAGCCCAAGAAGAUGUUAAUGCCAUUAUUGACAUCAAACAAGCGUACACAAUUAAGUCAUGGCAAGGAGAUCCUUGUGCACCAAUGUACUAUUCCUGGGAUGGAGUUAACUGCAGCUACAAAGGAUAUCAUGCGCCUAGAAUAAUUGAAUUAAAUCUAUCCUCCAGCAACUUGUCAGGAACAAUAAGUCAAUCAUUUUCCAUGCUUAAAUCCUUAGAAUAUCUGGAUUUAUCAAACAAUAGUUUAUCCGGAUCACUGCCUGAUUUUUUCAUACAUUUGCCACACUUGAAGACUUUAAAUUUAUCAGGAAACAUGCUCUCUGGUGAAAUUCCUUCACCUCUCAUGGAAAGAUCAAAUAGUGGGUCACUUUUGUUGAGCGUGGAUCGAAAUCCGGAUCUGUGUCUGAAAGCUCCAUGCAACAAAGAGGACAAGAGUACUUUUCCACUGCAUGCGGUCAUAGCCAUUCUUUCAUCCGUAGUAUUUCUAAUUGUAUUGGGUGUUGUGGUCAGCAUUAUUUGGAGAAGGAAAUUCAGCAAAAAACCAGCAAAUCAGCCAGUGAUAUCACAUGAAGAAGUUGUGCUAAAGUCAAACAACACACAAUUCACAUACUCCCAGAUAGUGGAUAUCACCAAUAACUUCGAGAAAAUGAUUGGAAAAGGAGGAUCUGGAACUGUUUACCAUGGCUCCUUGUCUGAUGACACACAAGUUGCUGUCAAAAUGCUCUCUUCUCCAGAAAGCAGUAAGCAGUUUCAGACAGAGGCAGAACUCUUAAUGCGAGUUCAUCAUAGAAACUUAGCUUCCUUCCUUGGAUAUUGUAACGAAGGUGGACACACUGCAAUCAUAUAUGAAUUCAUGGCUUAUGGGAACUUAGAGAAGUGUCUUUCAGGUUCAAAGAAAGAAUUAUCAAGUUGGAAAAAUAGGAUUCAGAUAGCAGUGGAUGCCGCUCAAGGACUCGAGUAUUUGCAUCAUGGCUGCAAACCUCCAAUAGUUCACAGAGACAUAAAGACAUCAAAUAUUUUGCUGAAUGAGAAAAUGCAGGCAAAAGUUGCUGAUUUUGGGUUCUCAAAGUUCUUUUCAGCUGAAAGCGAAAGUCACAUGUCAACCGGAGUCAUUGGAACAUUCGGAUACCUUGACCCAGAGUACUACUCAUCAUACAGGAUUACAGAGAGAAGUGAUGUUUACAGUUUUGGCGUUGUGCUUUUGGAGCUUAUUACAGGGCAGCGAGCAAUAAUAAAAGGUCAAGAAAACACUCAUAUUGUGAAUUGGGUUACCCCUUUUGUGAAAAGAGGAGAUCUGCAACAAAUUGUGGAUCCAAGUUUGCAGGGAGAUUUUGAUUUUGGUUCCAUGUGGAAGGCUGUGGAAGCAGCAUUAGCUUGUGUGUCUCUAACCGCUAUACAAAGACCAUCAAUGAAUUAUGUUGUCCCAGAACUAAAAGAGAGCUUAGAAAUGGAAGCAGCACGUGAGCAAAAAUGGGGUACAAAUGAACAAAGGCUGAAAUCAACCAGUUCGUUUGACAUGCAUGUAGUUGAUCUUGAAACUGCCUCUGGUCCAGAAGCAAGAUAGUGGGCAAGAAUGCUCUUUCUGAUAAUGAUACCCUAUAGAGAAUCUUUAAAAGUAUAGUCUGGUAAAAAUCUUGAUAUCAUUAUGUACAGAAGAAAUCAAUAUGUAUAAAGGAAAACGCACCUAGAAACAGAAAUAAAUAAAUAAAUCUAUGUAUGUAAUUGUACAUAUUUGGGUAGUCAACCCAGGGGAUAAUAGUUUUAUAACAAGACCAAUUGUAUUUUCCUUACCUUCCCAUACCGUCUCUCUGUUCUCUUUAUUUUAAAUUCUUCUCUUUCACUCUCAGUAUCUUGUAAUCAUGAUCUUCAUUGGAUUAAAUAAUUCAAUUGCCUCACAACAAUGAGUAUUUU